AUGGCAACAGGCGUGUGCCUUGCGUCGGGUGAGACUCUGAACGCAGACCUGGUUAUUGUAAAUGCAGACCUUACAUAUGCCUACAAUAACCUUCUGCCAGGAAGCACAUAUGGUACUAACCUCCAAAAGCGAGAUACCUCAUGCAGCUGCAUUUCAUUCUUCUGGUCAUUCAGCACCACCAUCCCUGAACUCCAAUCCCAUAAUGUGUUCCUAGCCCAGGAGUACCGAGAAAGCUUUGAUAAAAUUUUCAAGGAGAAUAAAGUCCCUCUAGAGCCCUCCUUUUAUCUCCAUGUCCCAAGUCGUCUCGACAAGACGGCUGCCCCAGAAGGCAAAGAUGCAGUCAUUGUUCUCGUACCAGUUGGACAUCUUCCACAGGGCACAAAUAAUGAGGGAACAAAUGAACGCAAUAUGAGAAUGGUCGAUCACUGGGAGAAGACCGUCUCAAAGCUGAGAGAACAAGUCCUUGACAUUAUAGAGGAAAGGACCGGUGCUUCCGAUCUACGGAAGAACCUUCUUAGCGAGAAGGUGGACACGCCGUUGAGUUGGGAAAGCAAGUACUACCUCGAUCGUGGCUCUAUCCUAGGACUUUCGCAUUCAUUUUUCAAUGUCCUCAGCUUCCGGCCCAAAACACGCCAUAGUUCAAUUGAGCGGCUGUUCUUCGUCGGCGCAAGCACACAUCCCGGCACGGGGGUUCCAAUAUGUCUAGCCAGCAGCAAAACCGUGGCUGAAUAG